AUGGCAGAUGCCAAGGGACGUAAGACUCUGGUUCAGAGCUUGCGCCAGAAGCUGAAGACACAGUUUGUCGACACGUCAAAUUAUGACGACAUCAUUGUGGAAACUAAAAUCCGAGAGUGGCUCAAUAACCACGCCUGCCAUGCGCAGGAGAAAGUGACGAAAAAGCGUAUGCAUGUUUCUGGCAAGCCCAAUGCCUUCAAGGUGUGGGAUACGCUGGAGAGGGACAAGGUGACUGAGGCCGCGCGAGCACUCGCGGCAGAUAAGGGUUGCAAUGUCUCCAAGGUGUGGAGAGUUGCAUGGAGUGCCAAAUGGGCAAAACUGUCCGAGGAGGAGCAGAAGGUGUAUGAGGAAAAGGCGAAAAGUUGGCGCAAUGGCACUCUGGAUGAUAAGAUGAAAAUGAAGCUGAGGGAGCAGCGAAUGAUGCAAUAUCUGAAGAAGUUUGCCAAGACUAUGUGGGACACCAUGGGCAUUCGCAUGGCAUUCAUGCUAGCAUAUCCAAAGGAAGCGGGGAGUCUGAAGGUAGAGAUGGUGGAGGUCAACCACGCCAUCACCAAUGGAACUCCAUUCGGGGCCUAUCCUGGGUGGCUGCGUGCUUACCAGCCUCUAGCAAAGGUGUUCUCUGAGUGGGCCAAAGGCGAAUAUGAUGUGACUGAGACUACGGUGACGGUGAAGAAGACACCUGCCGAUUGCAUGCGGGCCAUGGACAAGAUUCGGUUGAUGGCCAAUGGUUUUCCUCUGCUCCCCUCGGUGCCCGAAGGUAUGGCGGAAGCGCCUCUCAAGGUGAUGAAGGUACAAGUUCGAGACUUCAUGAAUCAUCACUAUGCAUUGGCGAAGGGUGUUCGGAACUGCAAGUCACCAUGGACGAAGCUGAACAGCAUAGACGACAUCAAUGAGGUUAUUCCAGCAGAGAUGCUACCUGAGAACUUCCAGUGGAUCGAUCCCUCAAAGAUGACAAGUGUUCCCGUUUGUGCCCUCCUCGACCACUGGUGGGCACGCCAAGAGGAACAUGGACCUGAGCAGACCAUGCGAUUCACCCAGUACUUCGACAAGGAUGGCGAAGCUGCUCCCGCCAAGUAUGAUCCUCUUCCACCACUUGACGGAUCAGCACAGGCAUUAGAAGAAGGAUCUGAACAUGAGGUCCAAGAAGCACUCACACCUAAGAAGGCGGGGAAGGCGAAGAAGAAGGGUAAACCUGUGCGCAAGGUCACGGGAAAGGUGGCAUCGAAGGCGACAAAGGGCAAAGCGGCCCCUGGCGGAGCCAAAGGCGGUGGGCGUAAAUGCAAGACGAAAGAUGCAUACGACUCGGAAGAUGAUGCCAGAAGCAGCCAAGACUCUGAUCGGAGUUCGCCAGAUAUACCCAGCAUGGCUUCCGAAGAAGAUAUGGCCAGCGAUGAAGAUUCAGGGGAUGGCGAGAGCGUGAUUGCGAAUAAAGUGAAGGGCAAGGCAGUCGCCACCACCAAUGGACGUAAGGCUAACAAUGGUGGUGCACCUCAAGCGAGUGGUAGCAGCGGUGCCAAGACAAAGGCAAAGCGAGGUCUCCAAGACCUUCCUCUGGGUGAACUGCACAGAUUUGACACAGAGGAGACCGAUGAAGCAUCGAGUGAACUGGAGCCCAGUACAAAGGAGCUCAGGCUUGAGCUUCAAGGCCGAGCCCCACGUCUCACUGGCGGGAGUACUGUGGGGAGUACUGUGCCCCACCUCGUGAAAAGGAGAGACGUGUUUCUCGCCACCCUUUCCGUCGAACCGCGAUACCAGGAUAUGCUGAAGGAAGUCAAGAUUGCGACUGUGCCCCAGGUGUAUCGUUUUGCCAGGUAUGAUCCGAUUCCCUGGAGCGAAUGGUCAUAUGGCCAGCGCUACCUCCCGCCGUCAUUUCAUGUGGUGGACAACUUUGACAUCGUCGAGAACUGGUUGGGCGACAAACCAUGGCUGACAAAAUAUCGGUUCUUACAUCCACAGGGCUUCAUUGAGGAGGGCAAACCGACCAACCUUUCCGACUAUGUGGUGAACUCGGCGAUCUCAUUUGACGCAGUAGAGCAGCUGCUUUGCUGUUGCGAGAUCAUUACCUUGGACAUGGUGGAAGGGAACGUCACCCAUGCCAUGGUGAAGCCAGUGAGCAAGCCUGCCAUACGCGGUGCCCCACAAGGUGGCGAUGGCCUUGGGGGCCAGGAGGAGCAGGAAGGUGAUGCCUCUGCAAGAACUCACGAUGGCGCUGCUACUGCUGCCAAAGUUCACAAGGCUCACCAGCCUGCCCCCAUGGCUGACAAACCAAUCAUUCCAAGUGGAGGAGACGAAGGGCCGAGCCAGGAGACCAGUGGUGGGGCCUCUGACGAUGGCGAAGAGGACGAUGCACACUUGUCCAUACCUAGCAGUGGUGCUGAACGACCGCCACCGCCUUCGUUUAUACCUAAGAUGAGGAAGGCCGCAGCCACGAAAGACAGUCUGUCAGGUCAAGCCAAAGUGCUCCAGGGAAGGUUGAUCACUGAUGCCCUUCAGAGUAAUAUCCCCGGCAGGAUCACUCGCAGUCAGCGUCAAGCGAUGGAUGAGUCGCCUGCCAAGAAUACCCGCAGUCAGCAUCCACUAGGAGCUGUGAAAGAUUUGAAGAAGCUUCCUGAUCCAAAGCGGAAACGUCAACCAGCACGUCCCGAGCCCGAUGGCGAAGACAGCUCUGGUGAAGACAAUCCGCCACCUCGGAAGCGUGGACGUGGUACUCGGGACGAGUUGGUAGUGGCCUCGCCGAGGAAGAAGAAUGCGAGGGCCGAGGACUCGGAUGAUGGUGACAAGCCUCCCACAAAGCGAAGACGAGCUCUGCCUCAGACCCCGGAGGUCAAGGACAAGGGAGAAACCAAGCUGAAGCCGGUCCGUCUGGGGAAAGCAGCCGCCAAAGUGAAAGAGAGUGGCCAAGUUGGCGCAGGUCGCAAGACCCGCAGUGGCGGCACCAGACCUUGA